CGUCACAGCACCGGGCGCAGCCGGCCAGCGCAGUCGCUCCGGGCUUGGGGACCCGCGCGGGUGUCGGGGUCCAUGCGGGGCAGCGGCCCGUGACGCCGGAGAGGUGACUCUGCCCUCGCUGGGGUUCCUGCCACUGCUGGAAGUGAUAAACCAAGGCCACAGAGAUGGCCGGGGCCUCUGUGAAGGUGGCGGUGCGUGUCCGCCCCUUCAAUUCCCGGGAGAUGAGCCGUGACUCCAAGUGCAUCAUCCAGAUGUCGGGAAGCACCACCACCAUUGUCAAUCCCAAACAGCCCAAGGAGACACCCAAGAGCUUCAGCUUCGAUUAUUCCUAUUGGUCACACACCUCGCCCGAGGACAUCAACUAUGCCUCACAGAAGCAGGUAUACCGUGACAUCGGGGAGGAGAUGCUGCAGCAUGCCUUUGAGGGCUACAACGUGUGUAUCUUCGCCUAUGGGCAGACGGGGGCCGGCAAGUCCUAUACCAUGAUGGGCAAGCAGGAGAAGGACCAGCAGGGCAUCAUCCCACAGCUCUGUGAAGACCUCUUCUCCCGAAUCAAUGACACGACCAAUGACAACAUGUCCUACUCCGUGGAGGUCAGCUACAUGGAGAUUUACUGUGAGAGGGUCCGGGACCUCCUGAACCCCAAGAACAAGGGCAACCUGCGUGUAAGGGAGCACCCUCUGCUCGGGCCCUAUGUGGAGGACCUCUCCAAGCUGGCUGUUACCUCCUACAACGACAUACAGGACCUCAUGGACUCAGGGAACAAGGCUAGGACUGUUGCGGCCACGAACAUGAAUGAGACCAGUAGCCGCUCUCAUGCUGUCUUCAACAUCAUCUUCACUCAGAAGCGCCAUGAUGCAGAGACCAACAUUACCACAGAGAAAGUGAGCAAAAUCAGCCUGGUGGACCUGGCUGGCAGCGAGCGGGCCGACUCCACGGGAGCCAAAGGCACACGACUCAAGGAGGGAGCCAAUAUCAACAAGUCCUUGACCACACUGGGGAAGGUCAUCUCUGCUCUGGCUGAAAUGGACUCUGGACCCAACAAGAACAAGAAAAAAAAGAAGACAGACUUCAUCCCAUACCGAGACUCUGUGCUGACCUGGCUCCUCCGGGAAAACCUGGGUGGCAAUUCAAGGACAGCUAUGGUGGCAGCCCUGAGCCCAGCAGACAUCAACUAUGAUGAGACCCUGAGCACAUUAAGGUAUGCAGACCGGGCCAAGCAAAUCCGCUGUAACGCCAUCAUCAAUGAGGACCCCAACAACAAACUGAUCCGAGAGCUGAAGGAUGAAGUGACCCGGCUGCGGGACCUGCUGUAUGCCCAGGGUCUUGGUGACAUCACCGACACCAACACUGUGCCCGGAGGACCCAAAUUGACCAACGCCCUGGUGGGCAUGAGCCCCUCAUCCUCACUCUCGGCCCUGUCCAGCCGUGCGGCCUCCGUGUCCAGCCUCCAUGAACGCAUCUUGUUUGCUCCAGGCAGUGAGGAGGCUAUUGAAAGGCUGAAGGAAACUGAGAAGAUCAUCGCUGAGCUUAAUGAGACCUGGGAGGAGAAGCUGCGACGGACAGAAGCAAUCCGGAUGGAGAGGGAAGCAUUGCUGGCCGAGAUGGGCGUAGCCAUGAGGGAGGAUGGUGGCACUUUGGGUGUAUUCUCUCCCAAAAAGACACCACACCUUGUGAACCUGAAUGAGGACCCACUGAUGUCCGAGUGUCUCCUCUACUACAUCAAGGAUGGCGUCACCAGGGUGGGCAGAGAGGACGCAGAAAGGCGGCAGGACAUCGUUCUGAGUGGACACUUCAUUAAGGAAGAGCACUGCAUCUUCCGGAGUGAUUCCCGGGGAGGCAGUGAAGCUGUGGUGACCCUGGAACCCUGUGAAGGGGCAGACACAUAUGUCAACGGCAAGAAAGUCACUGAGCCCAGUAUCCUGCGAUCAGGAAACCGCAUCAUCAUGGGCAAGAGCCAUGUAUUCCGGUUCAACCACCCGGAGCAGGCGCGCCAAGAGCGUGAACGCACGCCCUGUGCAGAGACACCUGCUGAGCCUGUGGACUGGGCCUUUGCCCAGCGUGAGCUUCUGGAAAAACAGGGCAUUGACAUGAAGCAGGAGAUGGAGCAGAGACUCCAGGAGCUGGAGGACCAGUAUCGCCGAGAGCGGGAGGAGGCCACCUACCUGCUGGAGCAGCAAAGACUGGACUACGAGAGCAAGCUGGAGGCCCUGCAGAAGCAGAUGGACUCCAGGUACUACCCGGAGGUAAAUGAGGAAGAGGAGGAGCCAGAGGAUGAAGUCCAGUGGACAGAGCGGGAGUGUGAGUUGGCAUUGUGGGCCUUCCGGAAGUGGAAGUGGUACCAGUUUACAUCCCUACGAGACCUGCUUUGGGGUAAUGCCAUCUUCCUGAAAGAGGCCAAUGCCAUCAGUGUGGAGCUGAAGAAGAAGGUCCAGUUCCAGUUUGUCCUCCUCACAGACACCCUGUACUCUCCACUGCCGCCAGACCUGCUGCCUCCAGAGGCUGCCAAAGACCGAGAGACACGGCCCUUCCCUCGUACCAUUGUGGCCGUGGAGGUCCAGGACCAGAAGAAUGGAGCCACCCACUACUGGACACUGGAGAAACUCAGACAACGCUUGGACCUGAUGCGGGAGAUGUACGACAGGGCUGCAGAGGUGCCCUCCAGUGUUGUUGAGGACUGCGACAAUGUGGUGACCGGCGGGGACCCCUUCUAUGAUCGCUUCCCCUGGUUCCGGCUGGUGGGCAGUUCAGUCAUCUCUGGCUGCAACAGCUACCCUCUUCUCAACACAUGCAUGAGCGAGCGCAUGGCUGCUCUCACCCCCUCCCCCACCUUCUCAAGCCCCGACUCCGACACCACCGAGCCUGCUGAGGAGCAGAGCGUGGGGGAGGAGGAGGAGGAGGAGGAGGAGGACCUGGAGGACGACGUCUUUCCGGAGCACACGCUGUGCGACGGCCGGGACCCGUUUUACGACCGGCCCCCCCUGUUCAGUUUAGUAGGAAGGGCCUUCGUGUACCUGAGCAACCUGUUGUACCCUGUGCCGCUGGUGCACCGUGUGGCCAUCGUCAGCGAGAAGGGCGAGGUGAAGGGGUUCCUCCGUGUGGCUGUGCAGGCCAUCUCAGCUGAUGAAGAGGCCCCAGAUUACGGUUCUGGCGUUCGUCAGUCAGGAACUGCUAAAAUCUCCUUUGAUGACCAGCAUUUUGAGAAGUUCCAGGCUGAGUCCUGCCCUGUGGUGGGGAUGUCCCGCUCAGGGACGUCCCAGGAGGAGCUGCGAAUCGUGGAAGGCCAGGGUCAGGGCGCUGAUGCUGGUCCCUCUGCUGACGAGGUCAACAAUAAUACCUGCUCAGCAGCGGUACCUCCAGAAGGCCUCCUAGACAGCCCUGAGAAGGCCACCCUGGAUGGGCCCCUGGAUGCAGCCCUGGACCACCUCCGUCUGGGCAGCACCUUCACCUUCCGAGUGACAGUCUUGCAGGCAUCCAGUAUCUCUGCCGAAUAUGCUGACAUCUUCUGCCAGUUCAACUUUAUCCACCGACACGACGAGGCUUUCUCCACCGAACCCCUGAAGAACACCGGCAGAGGGCCCCCUCUUGGCUUCUACCACGUCCAAAAUAUUGCCGUGGAGGUGACCAAGUCCUUCAUUGAGUACAUCAAAAGCCAGCCCAUUGUGUUUGAGGUCUUCGGCCACUACCAGCAGCACCCAUUCCCUCCCCUGUGCAAGGAUGUGCUCAGCCCUCUGAGGCCUUCACGCCGCCACUUCCCUCGGGUUAUGCCACUGUCCAAGCCAGUACCUGCCACCAAACUCAGCACUAUGACGCGGCCAUCCCCAGGACCUUGCCACUGCAAGUAUGACCUGCUGGUCUACUUCGAGAUCUGUGAGCUGGAAGCCAACGGCGAUUAUAUCCCUGCUGUGGUAGACCACCGUGGAGGCAUGCCAUGCAUGGGCACCUUCCUCCUCCACCAGGGUAUCCAGAGACGAAUAACAGUGACUCUGUUGCAUGAGACAGGCAGCCACAGCCGUUGGAAGGAAGUGCGCGAGCUGGUCGUGGGUCGCAUCCGAAACACUCCAGAAACUGACGAGUCCCUGAUAGACCCCAACAUCUUGUCUCUCAACAUCCUUUCAUCUGGAUAUGUCCACCCAGCCCAGGAUGACCGGCAGUUUCUUGAUUCGGACAUACCUAGGACCUUCUUCCAGUUUGAGGCGGCUUGGGAUAGCUCCAUGCACAACUCUCUCCUGCUAAAUCGUGUCACCCCUUACCGGGAGAAAAUCUACAUGACUCUCUCUGCUUACAUUGAGAUGGAGAACUGCACCCAGCCAGCUGUCAUCACCAAGGACUUCUGCAUGGUUUUCUACUCCCGUGAUGCCAAGCUGCCGGCCUCACGCUCCAUCCGCAGCCUGUUUGGUAGUGGGAGCCUACGGGCCACAGAAGGAAACCGUGUGACGGGUGUGUAUGAACUCAGCCUGUGCCAUGUGGCUGACGCAGGUAGCCCAGGGAUGCAGCGGCGGCGCCGGCGGGUGCUGGAUACAUCAGUGGCCUAUGUCCGAGGCGAGGAAAACCUGGCUGGCUGGAGGCCACGGAGUGACAGCCUAAUCCUGGACCACCAGUGGGAGCUGGAAAAGCUGAGCCUCUUACAGGAGGUGGAGAAAACACGACACUACCUACUCCUGCGGGAGAAGCUGGAGACCACCCAGCGGCCCUGUCCUGAGGCACUGUCUCCAGCCUCCAGUGAAGACUCUGAAUCCCGCAGUUCUUCUGGUGCCUCCUCCCCACUGUCAGCUGAGGGCCGUCCAUCACCCCUGGAAACUCCCAGUGAGAGGCAGAGGGAGCUUGCCGUCAAGUGCUUACGUCUCCUCACGCACACGUUCAACAGAGAGUACACCCACAGCCACGUGUGCAUCAGUGCCAGUGAAAGCAAGCUCUCAGAGAUGUCUGUCACCCUGAUGCGGGACCCAUCCAUGUCCCCUCUGGGCACAACUACACUUACUCCCUCCUCCACCUGUCCCUCUCUGAUUGAAGGGCGCUAUGGUUCCACUGACAUAAGGACCCCCCAGCCCUGUUCCCGGCCUGCCAGCCCAGAGCCCGAGCCUCUACCAGAGGUCGACUCUAAGAAGACCCCCUCCCCUGCUCGAGCAACAGAGGCAGACAAGGAACCCCAGCGCCUAUUAGUUCCUGACAUCCAGGAGAUCCGGGUCAGCCCGAUUGUCUCCAAGAAGGGGUACCUGCACUUCCUGGAGCCACACACGGCUGGCUGGGCCAAGCGCUUUGUGGUGGUGCGGCGCCCCUACGCCUACAUGUACAACAGCGACAAGGACACUGUGGAGAGGUUUGUGCUCAACCUGUCCACUGCCCAGGUGGAGUACAGCGAGGACCAGCAGGCCAUGCUCAAGACACCCAACACAUUUGCUGUGUGCACUGAACACCGUGGCAUCCUGCUACAGGCAAACAGUGACAAGGACAUGCACGACUGGCUAUAUGCCUUCAAUCCCCUCCUGGCCGGGACUAUUCGAUCCAAGCUGUCCCGGAGGAGGUCUGCACAGAUGCGGGUCUGAGCCAGAGCCUUCCUUCCAGCCAGUGGCCCAGCCUCUCCCCUUGCCCUCCUCCUCUGUCUUGUCAUCUGCCUCCCAGACCUUCCCCCACCAGGGGUCGCCUUGCUGGGCCGAGCCGUCUCACCUCUGGCAGGGGCCUGCACCAUACAACUGGUUGUGCCCCCAGAGGCUGUGUGUGUUGUCAGUUCUUCCAAAACUGUUCUGGAUGGGGAGUUGGGGAUGCCAGGAAGGCCAAAAAGGGCAUAAGACCCAGGGUAUUGCCGCCAUUCUAAUAUUUUUUUAAGCAUAGACAGACUUAUAAUUAAUAUACAUUAGUUAGUGAUGUUGAAGCAGUCCACUGAAAAAUUAACUAUAAGACUGUGUUCUGUUUAUAAGUAUUUAUUUCUAAUGCCUCCUGGUAGAGCUAUAAGGUUCAGGUGGAGCCUUUCCCCUUCCCCUCCCCAUUGGUUCCCACAUGUGUCUCCAGCCUGCUAGGGGCAAUGUGAGGGAGGUGUGUGGACAAGCCAGAACCGGCCCCAGGCACAUUUGUUGAGGCACACCUGGAUAGGGUGUGUGUUGGGGGAGCGGAUUUCCAGGUCCUGUGUCUACAGCAGCUCAGAAGGUGGUGUGUACUACUUCUGAAGGGACAGCUCCCAAGAUGGGGUGCUAAGGGUGAUGCAGACAGCUUCUCCCCUGAUUGGGAGGAUGAGAUAAGGUAUGGAGACUAUUCUGGGUAGGGUUGGAGUAAGAAGUUCAGGUCCUUGUUGAAGUGCAGACUGGAACCCCUGAUUGUGUCCAGGCUGAUGUGCAGGGACAGUCGAUGUUCAGGAUGGGGGUCUCUUUAAGUGUUUAAGAAAAGAGGAAUGAGUAACAGAAGAUUCCCAGAGGGUCUGUGAUGAGCAAUUCCUUACACCGUCUUCUCUCUCCAGGGGAGUAGGGUUUCUGUGGAUCCCAGUAAGAAAACUCUCAAGGUGAUGUGACUAGUCAAGCAGAUGAGGGUGACUGCAUGAUGACCUUGAUAGAGGGGCAUCUGGGGGAAUUUCCACACCAUAGGCCCAUUUGGAAAAUGAGUAAACACACUUCAAGUGCAUUCUUCCCUUUCCCUGAUGGCCUACUGAACAGGAUGCAUUAGCAUCUGGUCAUUCCAGGCCCUUCCUCCUCCUUGGUCAGCUCUAGCUCUCAUCUGAAUGAGGUGGCAGGUCUGAAUUUCCUGUCAGCUUGGGCUACAAGGGUGGUCACCAUCAUGCCCAGCCACCUUUAUCCCAAGGACCUAGAUCAUCUGUCCUUAGCACUGAGUCUCAGGAGCGCAUGUCUGUGAAGUGCAGGGUAUAGCUUUCUUCCAAGAUCCCAGAUCAAGGUGAUCACCCUAGACUGAGGCUUUCUUUGUCCAGAAACCAGGUGCCUGUGCUGUCCCAUGUGGACUUGGAAGGCCAAGAGGUAAUAAAAGUACCCUUUACAGAACCACUCUGGCUCUAGUGACUGACUCAAGGCAGGGAACAGAAGUAGAUGGAAGGAGUUGCUGUAAGUGGACUUGUUCCCAGGGCCACAUGACCCCUGGGAGGCAGAUAGGCAGCCAGACCUUCCAGGACUGCUCAGGUCAGCCAACCUGAAGCUGUAGCUUGGAGGGCUCUGGCCCCACCCAGCACGUGGGUGUCUGAGGUCAGCCAGCCUGCAGAGCACCUGUUCCUGGGUCAGACUGUGAGAAAGGGAGGUACCCAGACUGUUCCACUUUGGCCCAGUGCUGUCUUGGUGGUGUCUGGGAGCCAAGGUGGGCUCUCUGCUCCUGUAGGAGGUCCCGAGUCAGAGCCCAGUAAGUGGAGUUGAUGGUGCAAGAAAUCUGUCCACAUCUCAGGAAAUCUGGUUUCUCUACAUACACCCUGCCCCAAACUACCCCUGUAUCACCUUAGCUGACAUUACCAACAGCUGUGACAUGUCACAUUCCCUGCUGCAGAGGAAAGUCUUCCUAGCCAAGACUAAGUACAGAAGGUGAGGUGGAUCUAGAAAGCCACCUCUGCCAAGCAGUUUUGUUUGGAUGUUGUGGUCCCAUUUUGGUUUGGGGAGAUUACUGUUCCUAGAGAGAGUUACAGGAGGGGACUGGACUCCAGGUAGUUCAGCACUGAGGCUUCUGAGAGACCCAGCUGGUACCUGAGUAACAUAUGAGGCCUCCCACUUGAAAACAAUCAUGCCAACAUUCAGCACACCCCUAGGACGACUGUACUGACUCACCCUCCCCAUCAUGCUGGUCCUUAAUGCCCCUUGGGCACCUCAGGCUCACUGAAUGUGGCUCCUGUUGCAGAUGUGAGCAAGGUUGAGGUGUUGGUUUUCUGCCAGCUCCAUCCAGCAUGAGGAUUUCACAAGGCACACUCCUUUACCCCUGACGCUGGAGCCAUGUAGUCCUCCAGGAUGGCAGUGGCUGUGGCCUGGGCCAUCCUGAGUGUCCCUGAGGCUCAGAAGCCAUGUCCCUGGCUUGUACAUAAGUGGUUGCUGUGGGCACCCCUUGGACCUUGUGUUGUAACUAUCUGAUGUAAUGACUAGUUCCCUGCCGUCUUACACCCGAGUGUUAGCUGUAGGCUCCUGUACUGUUUGUGUGCACCUAGGGCUCUGUCCAAUUAAGAAAUAAAUGUGGCUCUCAUGCAACACA